CAAGUCGGAGUCACUCUCGCUCUGUCCCAGUCCCCACAAACUCGAGGUGUUUUGCCGUGUUGCACCUGCACCUUGCAGGUGGGGAGACCAGCGGAUGCUCGCAAAAAUGGACGCCGAUGUCGAGCGGCAAGGUCGGAGGAGCCCGCUUUCAGCGGACGACGAGGCAUCUGGUUCCGAUCAUAGCUCAGUGCCUCUGCUGGGAGCUCGGGAAUUGGAAGUGAGCAAGGACAGUCACUGCUCCAAGGCGUCCAAGAUCAUCCUGAGCCUGGUAUUCUUGGAAGUCGCUGCUUUCUACGGGGUCUACCUGAACCUAAUCGUGUAUCUCCAGGAUGUUCUUCAUGGAGAUAGUGCUUCCAAUGCGGCCACCGUCAGUUUCUGGGCAGGAGGUAGCUACCUGAUGCCGGUAAUCGGCGCCGCCAUCGCCGACAUUUACUGGGGCAAGUACAAGACCGUGCUGGUCGGCCUCUCCAUAUCGUUCGUCGGGAUGGCCGUGAUCACCACAUCGGCUACUCUGUCGUCUCUAAGGCCCCCGCCGUGCGAGCAGAGCGCGCGCUGCGCCCCGGCAACUCCCAGCCAACGACUGGUGUUCUUUACCGGCAUAUACCUGUGCGCCAUCGGGAUCGGCGGGGCUAAGGCGGCCAUAGUCUCGUUCGGCGCGGAGCAGUUCGACGACGACAACGGCGAGAACGCGGCGGAGCGGGAGAGGAAGGCGUCCUACUUCAGCUGGUACUACGCGGUGAGCAACCUAGGCAUGCUCACCGCAGGGAGCCUGCUGGUUUGGGUCGAGGACAGGGUGAGCUGGGGGCUCGGGUACGGCGUUUGCGCGUCCUUCGUCGCGGUCGCCGUCGUCGGCCUCGCCGUGACAGCGCCCGUGUACCGCAUCGUGCCUCCGGUGGGCAGCCCGUUGAAGGGCAUGUGCCAAGUGCUUGUCGCGUUCACUCACAAGGUGAAACUGAGAGUACCUGAGGAUGCGGCGGAAUUGUACGAUGAGGAGCAUGUCAAGACCCCAUUGCUUGAACCAGUGCGCGAACGAUUGGAACACACAGAUCAGUUCAGGUGCUUGGACAAGGCUGCGGUUGUUACAGCCGGGGACUUGGAAGACGGCAACCAGUGGAGGCUGUGCACGGUGACGCAAGUGGAGGAGCUCAAGACCCUGCUGCGGCUGAUCCCUAUCUGGCUCACCUCGGCCGUGUACUUCAUCGCCAACUCGCAGGCGCAGACCACCUUCGUGCAGCAGGGCACCAAAACGGAUUCCAGGAUCGCGCGCGGCGCGUUCUCCGUCCCGGCUGCGUCACUGACGUGCAUCGAGACAGUGUUCGUGGCCGCCUACAUCGCACUCUACAACAAGUCCAUCGCGCCCGCGGCGCGGCGCUGCCUUGGCCGCGCGGAUGCGUUCACGCCGCUUCAGCUCAUGGGGCUCGGGCACGCGGCGGUAACCGCCGCGGUUGUCGUCGCCGCGUGCACCGAGGCGCGCAGGCUGGAGGCAGCCAGGGCCAGGUCCACGCCCAUGAGCAUCGCGUGGCUGCUGCCGCAAUACGUCGUGAUGGCCGUCUCGGACGCGUCGCUCAGCGUCGGGCAGCUGGAGUUCUUCUACGACCAGGCGCCGGAGACUAUACGGGGCGCGUCGACGGCGUUCUACUUCCUGUCCUGCUCGCUCGGGAACUUCCUCAGCUCGCAGCUGGUGACGCUGGUGGCGUCGGUGACCGCGGCAGGCGGGAGGACGGGGUGGUUCCCGCCGGACAUGGACGAUGGGCACCUCGACUACUACUUCCUGCUCGUCGUGGCCAUCACCGCGGCGAACUUUGCUGCUUUUGUUUACCUCGCCAAGAACUACACACCCAAGAGGGUUAGAUAGGAAAAUGUUCUUCUCUCUCGUAUCAGUUCUACUUGUUAGUUGUCAGCUGCAGAUAUAGUUCAAGAAAAUGAAUAUAUAGACAGGAAUUGGGGAA